AUGGGGCGUGUGGUGAUCAUUAGCACUCUACCGGCGUCUGGCCAUGUCAACCCAGCCAUUCCCGUCGCCACAUCUCUUGUGGCCGCCGGCCAUCGAGUUUUGUGGCACAUUGGCAAGGAAUUUGCAGGGACGGUGGAGCGGACCGGCGCAAUGUUUGUGGCAGCGGUGAAGGCGCCAGAUUUGAAAGAGCUCCCUCCGGAACCCGAUGCUGAACUCAGCGGUAUUGCCGCUGCAGUCUCAACGCUUCGAAAGCUCCUUGUUGACCGCAUGGCAGGCCAAUUGGCCGAUUAUGAAGAGAUUAUGCAAGAAUACGGCAAGGCCGAUGUCAUUUUGGCUGAUUUGUGCGCCCUCGGAGCCCGAGCCUUUUCUGAACGCCACGGAAUACCGUUGGCCACGCUCGGAAUCAGCCCGCUCACCAUCCCAGCCCCUGAGAUUCCUCGGUUUGGCACGGGCGAUCCCCCGCCUGGCUGGCUGGGACGGCUGAUGAACCGUUUAAUGGGACCGCUCGGCAUCUUUAUGCUACGCGGCGUCACUACGGCAUAUGUAAGCGUGCGGGCUCAGCUCGGCCUAACACCCUUGCCCCCUGGCGUCACCGUUUUUGACCACAUGUUUUCAACCCAGCUGCAUUUGCAAGCUGCAACUCCAGCAAUUGAAUAUCCCCGAGACCCUUGGCCCACUUAUGUCCAUUUUGUCGGCCCUCUUUUGCCCGAGCAGCCUCUUGUGACGCCUCCUCCUGCUCCUCCUUUGGCCGAGUCGUCGCAAGAACAGCAGCAACAAAAACAACAACAACCAUUACCAGGAACCUCCCCAGACAAAUAUCAAACUUCUUCAUUGCCGCAAGCCUUGGCCGAUGAAAUGGACAAAGCUUCUUCAGUCGUGCACAUCACACAAGGUACCCUCAUUGCGGAGCCUUCUGCACUCAUCUUGCCUGCCCUGCAGGCUCUUGCCAAUUGGGAUUGUCUUGUCGUCGUGACUGUUGCAGAUAUCUCGGUGUUCGAUAGCGUAGACGUGCCCCCGAAUGUCCGCAUCGAGCCUUUCAUCCCGCAUGCUCAACUUCUUCCACACGUAAACGCCAUCAUUUCCACUGGCGGAUACAAUGGCGUCAAGAUGGCCCUCGCAUGCGGCGUCCCCCUGGUCAUCGUGCCCUGGGGUAACGAUCAAGCUGAUGUUGCAGGCCGCAUUUCUUGGGCUGGCGCCGCUAUCAAUCUCCGCUCGCAGUCGCCCUCCGCCGCGGAGAUCUUAGACGCAACUCGUGAGAUCCUCCAGAAUCCUAAAUACCGCGAGAAUGCUCGUCGAAUCCAGGCAGAAUUUAGGCAAUACCCCGGUGGCGAGAAGGCCGUUGAACUCUUGGAAGACUUUAUGUCAAAGACUAGAGUGGGUUCGUAGAUUUUAUUGCCCUGUAUUUUUCUUUUUCUUUCUUUUAUUUUUCCUCUUGUUUUCUCUCUUUCUUUCUUUCUCAUUUUACAUAUAUCUACCUGACAUGUCCACUUUUUUCUUUUUUCUUUUUUCCUGUUUUCUUUUUUCCUGUUUUCUUUUAUUUUCUUUUUAAUAUCUUUUUCUUUUUCUUUCUUUUUUCCUAAAAAAAAGUCCGUUAAUCGCCUCUCCCCUUAAUUCUUCAGCCACAUAAUACAAACCUCUCCCUCACCUACCCUCUUUCUUUCUCCUUUCCUUUUCUUCUCCCACCUUUAAUACCCCCAAUACGCAGCCACAGCGCGCAUGUUUCUUUCCGCAUGAUUUGAAUACUUAUUCCCGAACCUGGACGGCACGGCGCGAUCCUUUGAAGAAGACAUUUGGCACUUCCAAACUAGAUCUUGUAGUAUAUGCCAUGAUCUCCCGCUGCUGAUCAGUAAAUACUACUCCACUAUAUCAAAUCAACUUGC